GUCUAGGCAAGAACAUUGGCUUACUGUUACUUUGCCACCAUGAGUGGCAAGUCUCUUCUUCUGAAAGUUAUUCUCCUUGGUGAUGGAGGAGUUGGAAAGAGUUCUCUCAUGCAUCGUUAUGUUACCAACAAAUUUGACUCUCAGGCCUUCCACACAAUAGGAGUUGAGUUCUUGAAUCGUGACUUAGAAGUAGAUGGACGAUUUGUGACUUUGCAGAUCUGGGACACAGCAGGACAAGAGAGGUUUAAGAGUCUUCGUACCCCUUUUUACCGCGGUGCCGACUGCUGCUUACUGACUUUUAGUGUAGAUGAUCACUUAAGCUUUGAAAACCUUGGUAGUUGGAAAAGAGAAUUUAUCUACUAUGCAGAUAUCAAGGACCCAGGCCGCUUUCCAUUUAUAGUACUGGGGAACAAGAUUGACAUAAAUGAAAGGCAGGUGACAUCAGAAGAGGCACAAGAGUGGUGUUUGGCAAAUGGCAAUUACCCAUAUUUUGAAACAAGUGCUAAGGAUGACACAAAUGUUGAUGCUGCAUUUGAAGAAGCAGUAAGACAAGUGCUUGCUCUGGAGGAUCAGUUUGAACUUUCUAUGUUGGUUCAUGCUGUUGAUUUGCAAAGUAACCGAAAAACACGUUCCUCCUGUUGUUAACUUAGAGUAGUAUGGUAUGAGAUGGAUAAGAUAGAAUGGAAUGGUAUUCUAGUCACUUGCUAUAUUUGUCAGAAUGUUUCAAUGAGAUGGGAUAAGGGAAUAUUGCCUAGGCACUUGCCAAAGGACAGAGACAAGUUAUUGGGUUGGGAGGACAGGCAGUGAUGUUUUUACAUGUUUUGUGCUUGCAGAAUAAGAAGUAGGGUGCAUAAUGUGAUUCUUCACCAUUAGCAUCUACUUAAACUUCUGUGAAAAGUUUACAGCAGGAAUGAUGCUGAGUCUCUUGUUUCCUUUGUAAUAACUCCCAGUUUUCAGAGUCCUAUAAAAAUGUUAUUCUGAAAGAGAUAGCACUGCACAGAUGUAUGCAGGUAUGUACAUCUAAGGCUGAGGUGCAUCAACAUGCUUUUACUGGGUCCCUUAAACUCUGCCAUUGUGGCAACAGUGAGAAGCGAUGGGGAAAGCAGCAGUUGUUGUGAAUAGCCUUUAACUGGUGAUAUUUAAACCCGUGAUCCAGUACCGCAUGCCGUAUAUCUUGUAUUCGAUAAAGGUUGUAUGGCUGUUUCUCAUGCUUCAUUUGCAAGCUUUUUAACUUUUUGAUUAGGGGGUGUUCAGUAGAUGGAAAAAUAAAAUAAUUUUCUGAUGAUAUGCCCUAUGUUGUGUGCAAAAGUGCUGUAGAUAUUCUGUUUUGCUGCCUUUUCUGGAAAGGGCAUUGAGUAAGUGCAAUCAGUUAAAGGCCCAAAACAUUCAGCUAAUCAGAUGUCAACAGACUUCCGUUAAGAGUAAGGAGGUUUGUCAGUUACAAGAAGUAGUAAGUAUUCAAAGUGUUUCUGUACUGCAGUGUAAUUUCAGUAUGUAUAAAUUAACAAGUACAAACUUUGAAAGUGCAAGAUUACAAUUUAGGAAUAUGUUAAAACAGUCCCUGGCAUUUUAAGUGAUAUUUCCAUUUGUGGUAUGGUGUUUUUGUACAGUAUUCCUUUUUUUCUGAUAGAGAUGUCAUGUAGCAAAAGAAUAACUUAGGACUGCUUACAGCUCUGUGAUCUCCUGUAUAUACCUGGUGUGUCAAAUUCUGUCAUGAUUUUGUAUUGAUAGGAUGAACAGAUAGCCCCCAAAGUGUGCCACUUCCUCUGAAUGUCUUACCUACAACACAGUGCUCAUGCCUUGGAAGGAUUUUUGAUAACAAGGCAUUUUAAAACAUCUUAAUAGAAGCGCAAGACCACAUGUUCCAACCUCUUUCAGCUUGCUUUAAAAACUUGGUGUGUGUGAAAUUUACAGAGUGCUUUUAGAAACUGUUUUAAGGGUUUGUUAGUUCCUUCUUCAUGGUUUUAAUACCAAAGGUUCAACUUUUAAUGACUUCCCUUUUUUAGUUCCUGAUAAUAUUACGAAAGCCAAAGCUGUGCUUCUUGAGUAGAUUUAGAGUACAGUAUAUAAAAUUGCUGGCAUCGAGAGGACAGAAAAUCAGGAAGCAGAAACUAGUAUAGGAUACCUUUAUGGAUGACAAAAGUAAGGAAUGAAGAAGAAUAAAAUAAGACUUUUUUUGAACAGUAUUUAUAUUCCCUUAACUAUCAUAAAAUACUGAGGAUAUCAGUCAUUUUUUAAAAAGGUUUGACUGCAUUAAUUCACAUAUUCUACUUCAUUACUACAAGCUGUAGAUAUGCAGUUGAAAGUGUAAAUGUGCAUGAACAAAUAUACAUUUCAAGUUUAAUGUUAUCUUAUCAGAAAGUGGGUCUGAAAUAUAUAUGAAUGUAACAUGCAGUAGUUGGAGUUUUUUUUUUGUAGGCUUGGCUUCCUUAAAAGUGGCCCAUAACAGUUUCACAGCUACUGUACUUCUGAUGAGAAGUUAUUCACGUUAAUGCCAUUUGAUUAGGCUGAAAAUUUUAUAAUCACUCAAAGGGGAAUAUUUUAACUUCAGACCAGUACAAUCGCUUUUAGGUUUCCAGUGUUCUUGCUAUAUUCAUGUAUUUGGAGGUUUCUGUAAUCUUUCCACUGUAGAAGCUGUUAUAUGCGUUGGUCAAUGUAAACUUUGCUAAUAAAGCUACUACAAUUACCCAGCAUCA